AUGGCCACGAACAUUACUUGGCAUCCUUCCCUUUCUCGGAAGGAGCGGUUCACUUUACGAGGCCAGAAGGGGUUUACAGUCUGGUUCACGGGUCUUUCAGCCUCGGGAAAGUCUACAGUUGCAACCGCUUUAGAGCAGCACCUCUUGCACCUGGGACUCGCUGCAUAUCGCCUGGAUGGUGACAAUGUUCGGUUUGGGUUGAAUAAAGAUUUAGGGUUUUCCGAAAGCGACCGGAACGAAAAUAUUAGGCGUAUUGGCGAAGUGGCCAAGCUGUUUGCGGACUCAGCAACAAUUGCCAUUACUUCAUUCAUCUCGCCCUACCGUGCCGACCGCCAGGUGGCUCGCGACCUCCACAACGCAGCGAGCCAAGGCGGAGAUGAGACGAUCCCCUUCAUUGAAGUCUACGUGGACGUGCCUCUUGAGGUAGCAGAGAAGCGAGAUCCAAAAGGGCUUUAUCAAAAGGCUAGAGCGGGCGAAAUCAAAGAUUUCACAGGCAUCUCUGCCCCGUAUGAGGAGCCGCAGAGCCCCGAGAUCCACAUCCACACAGAUCAGCAGAGCGUAGAGGAAUGCGUGGCUGCUAUCGUGGGGUGGCUGCAGUCUCAGGGUUUAAUCAAGACUGUUGCAUGA